UUGACAUACCCAUCGUUGUAGGCUUCGCCUCUGGCUGUUUCUUUUUUAAAAGGCAAGCUCAAAGCCACAGAUUACACAUUUUGCUCACAAGCUUUGCGGAUAAAAUAACCUACAGAGAGCGUGGCAGUGGGAAUCAGGCUCGCUCUCUCGUAUUUGGAGAGGAACCGCUUGCGCGUAAACGGCACCGGGCAUCACUGAAAGGACAUACGUGGUGUCUGGAUAUUUUCUUUUUUAAAUUUUACUGGUGAUUGCAAUGUUGAAGGGAUUUGCAUUGUGACUCUUUGUGGAUUGCGAGCAACGUUUGGGAGUUGAGCGCGCAAAGCACCUGUGGAUGCAACACUCCCCCCUCCCUGAUGUUUGGACUGAAAUCUUUUGCAAAGAAAGGAUUCACCACAAGAUACAGCUGAUAAUCGUUGAGGUUUCGAUCAGACAGUUUAGCCAAGAAGCGCGCCAUGCUGCUGAGCGUCUCCUUCCUGGUGCUUCCCCUGCUGAGCAUUUCCGGCUGCGGCUCGUCGUACGUGCCGUGCCAGCCGUGCGAUCAGAAGGCCCAUUCCAUGUGUCCGCCGGUGCCGAUGGCCUGUCAGCUGGUGAAGGAGCCCGGCUGCGGCUGCUGCCUGACGUGCGCGCUCGAAGAGGGCCAGCCGUGCGGCGUGUACACCGGGCCGUGCACGCGCGGGCUCCGCUGCCUGCCCAAGAACGGCGAGGAGAAGCCGCUGCACGCGCUCCUGCACGGCCGGGGGGUGUGCAGGAACGAGAAGUUGUACAAACUGCUGCAUCCGUCAAAAGACAGAGAAUCUAAUGAUGACACCAUGCUACCCAUCCCAGAGUCCAUGCUGCCCCAAAGCAAGGUGCCCUUAUAUGGAAGAGACCACAUCAGCAGUCGGAAAGCCCAGGCCAUGAAGCAAGCCAAGGACCGCAAGAAGCAGCUGGCCAGGCUGGGACCCACCAGCAACCUGGACUUCUCUCCGCUCAGCCUGGAUAAACUGGAGCCUGAGUUCGGCCCUUGCAGGAGAAGACUGGAUAAUCUCAUUCAGAGCAUGAAGGACACCUCAAGGGUCUUGGCCCUUUCUCUGUACAUCCCCAACUGUGACAAGAAGGGCUUCUUCAAGCGCAAACAGUGUAAGCCGUCUCGUGGUCGGAGGAGGGGAAUCUGCUGGUGUGUCGACCGGUUUGGUGUGAAAAUCCCCGGCAUCAACUACGCGGGAGGAGACCUGCAGUGCAAAGAGCUCGACAGCAGCAGCAACAGCAACGAAUGAACCUGUCGUUGAGCCCUCCUAAAACCUGCCAAUCAAGCUUGCGCACAUAAUGACUGCCAAUCAGGAAAAUAUGGCAAAAAUGCUAAUGGUCAGGUGUGAUGGACUGUUUAUGUUUUUCUUUAAAAGGGGAGCUGAACUGAAAAGCUUGCUUGGGUGAAAAUCUUCACGUAGGUGUUAAAUCUGGCUCCCCACUGACCGUGUACUAUGUUCGAGGUUAGCUAGCACCUCAACUCUUUAUAUCCAUAGAUAAUAGAGGAUUAUAUAUAUUUGUAUAAUAUUGAUAAUAUGUUGUGUAUUAUAUUAUGCGAAAUUUACUCCAGGAAAUUCUGAGACAAGACAUAUUUUAAAUGUGGCUAAAAAUCAACUUUUUUUCAUGUUUUUGUCAUAGUGGUGAUCAAGGAGACACCAUUGAAGAGUCAGUGCUCAUAUCAGUUAGCCAUGUUUUACUAGUUUUUAAUCAUAUGAAUGACAUCCUUAUGUAAGAGGCAUAUCUUUUAGCUAUCAAAUAAUGACUUAAGCUUUUUAAUCCUGCCCACAUCCUACAAUUGCUAACACUUUGCCACUGUUGGGCAACUUUGCUAAGUAGGAAAAUGUGGAUAGAAAAACCAAAUCAUGUGUGGGCACCAAUGGGAGCCAAAUCUGUAACAGCCAACAGAAGCUUACACUUAAUAGUUUGGCAUUUUAGAAAACAAAGGUAUUUGCUUUAUUUCUUGAAUUUCAAGAAAUUCAACUUUAAAAAUAUGGAAAAUCAAAUGAGAAAUCAGCAACUGUAUGCUUAUGAAUCAUAUAAAUGAUUUUGUCAGUUGGUGAUUAUUUUCAAAAUCACAAUGUGACGACCUUGACAUCACUCAUAAACAAUCAUAUUGUUAUGUACUGUAAAAGGUUGGAUAUUUGACAGUCUCCUUUUUUUAAGUCCAGACAACUGCGUCCACUGUUUGUAAAUGUGUACAAUGUGUGUGUGUGUGUGUGUGUGUGUGUGUGUGUGUGUGUGUGUGUGCGUGCUCCUGUCUGUAUGUGUGUGUUCUGUACUGUAUGUGUCAUAUUCUUAUAGUUCUCAACUGUAAGAAACUCUGUUUUAAAUUCUCAUUACCUGAGCUACUGUCAGUCAAAAGUGGUGCCGUGCAUUUCCCUUCGCACACAAAUCGUAUGCAAAGGCCCUGCACUGAUUAUGUGUCCACGUGCAGGGUCUCCACUGCCACCACAGGCAAAUCGGUCGGCUUGCUCUCAGGGUUGAUCAGGUCAUGUAUCCUGCAAAGAGCAAGGUUGCUGAGUUUGUAUGUAAAUUCAAGUGCCUUCUGCCCCACACCACUUUGAAUUUUCAUUUGCAUGUGGACCCAUUGGUUUGUUGAAUGAGGGACACUCCGGCACAAAGGAGGAAAACAAUUUCAGGUGUGGAUGAAAGAUUUGUUGUUGGAUUUUGUGUGAUGACAGAGGACACACUUUUUGUCCUAUAGUUCAAAAUCAACUUCAGAUCCUUUUUUUGUUAUAAUCUUCAUGUUCAUUUAAUGACUCUUAUAAUCUCAGACAUUCCUCAUGCCUAAUCACUAUACUGUGAUAUUAGGAGAGCAUUGACAGGGGCCCAUCGGCCAAUUCUUGAUUUUAGCACACAUGUAAACACAACAAGGUGACACUUUCAGAAUCUCAGCUAAAAAAAAACGAUAAAUGUGAACAAUACGGUGGAAUAUUUAUCAGGCGUGUAAUUGAUGUACUCGUUUUUUUGUAAUGACAAAUCACUAUUUAAAUAAAGUUCAUGUACCCAAAAA